AUUCAGUUUACUUCCGCUUUGUUAAAAGUUACGUUUCUGUAAUAUAUUCGAUGUUUAAUGACUUUUAGCUUGUUUGCAUCCUCAUGAGCAACUGGAUUGAUAUACAUUGAAGGUUAUACAGCCAGAUGAGCUACAGUAUACAUUAACAAGAUGACUGCCCUCAGUAAAGAAGAAUACUUAAAGAGAUAUCUAUCACCAGUUGAAGGAAAGGGGAAAAAGAAGAAGAAGCUAAAGAUUGGUGUAAAAGCGCCCACUGUGAGAAUUGUUGAUGAUGAUGUUGACUUCUCAACCACUCAGCCCGACAACAAUGAUGGUACAAUAGAUGACUUUACUGGUGACAAUGAUCCUACAGUAGCUGAAGUUGUAGAUGAAAGACCUGAACACAUAAAGCGUCUUGAAGCUUACAGGAAGUCAGAGAAGUGGAAAACUGUAGAUAAAGACAAAGAGAAGAAUGGUUCAGACCAUAACACUGUCAGACUUGAUGCAGAUUCUGACCAAUCUCCUGUCAGAAAAAGACAUGAUUCAGAUUCUGACCAAUCUCCUGUCAGAAAAAGGCAUGAUUCAGAUUCUGACCAAUCACCUGUGAGAAAAAGACAUGAUUCAGAUUCUGACCAAUCACCUGUGAGAAAAAGUCAUGAUUCAGAUUCCGACCAAUCACCUGUGAGAAAAAGACAUGAUUCAGAUUCCGACCAAUCGCCUGUGAGGAAAAGACAUUCACAUUCUAACCAAUCACCUCGAAGAAGGAAAGGAAGAAACUCAGAUUCUGACCAAUCACCUCCAAGGAGAAAAAGAAAAAAUUCAGAUUCAGACCAAUCACCUCCAAGGAGAAAAAGAAAAAACUCAGAUUCAGACCAAUCACCUCCAAGAAGGAAUAGAAAAAACUCAGAUUCUGACCAAUCACCUCCAAGAAGGAAUAGAAAAAUCUCAGAUUCUGACAAAUCACCUCCAAGGAAAAAGCCAACAAAAACUCUCUCUGGAGCUACAGCAGGACUUUCAUCAAUGCAGGAAAUGAAACGUGAAGCAGAUAAAUUGCGACAAAAAGAGAAGGAUGCAUUUAAUAAAGUAGAUGCAGAUAUCCUUGGGAAGAAUGCAGCAACAGUUUUCAGAGAUCGUAAAUCAGGUCGUAAGCGGGACAUGAAGGCGGAGCAUGCAGAGACUGAAGAAGAGACUGCAAAACUAGCAGAGAAGCAGGAGAAAUACAGUCGGUGGAGCAAGGGAGUAAAACAGCAGGAGGAUCAACACACGGCCAUAAGCAAUGCACUGCAUGAGAUGUCUAAGCCAUUAGCAAGGUACAAAGAUGAUGAUGACCUUGAUGAUCUGCUUCGUCAGAGAGACAGGGAAGAUGACCCCAUGUUAGCAUUCAUUAAGAAAAAGACCCCCAAAGGAAGCAAUAAAAAACAGUUGCCAUUGUAUAAAGGUCCUGCAGCCCCUCCCAACAGGUUUAAUAUACAGCCAGGCUACAGGUGGGAUGGAGUGGAUCGGUCCAAUGGCUUUGAGAAGAAAAUAUUUCAGACUCAAUCAAACAGCAGAGCUGUUGCUGAGAUUGCUUAUAAAUGGAGUGUUGAGGAUAUGUAAAUGACUGGAUUAGGACAAACUGAACUGGUGACUGUAAUUGAAAGGACUGCAGUUGAAAGGACUGCAAUUGAAAGGACGUUAAUUGAAAGGACUGCAAGGAAUUCUCUGUGAAGAAUGGGACUGAAAAGGACUGCACAGAAGCAAGGACUGGGAAGAAUAAAAAUGUGAAUGAAAGGACUGAAAGUGUUAAGAAAGGUCAGUAAAGGUACUUUCUGUUCAAAAUACUAUAAAAGAAUGAUCUGAAAAGAAAGGACUGAAUGAAUGGACUGAACAUGUAAAGAAAGGACAGUAAAGGUACAUUCUGUCUAAGACUGUAAUACCAAAGGAAUGAUCUAUAAAGAAAGGACUCUGAAGGAAAGGAUUGUAAGCAUUAUUUUGUAGGCUAAAAGGAAAGACCUGUAAAUAAAUGGACCAUGAAUAAAUGAAGUGUCAAAGUUACUGAAAUGUCUACAUGCCACAUAAAUAUUAUUUGUAAUCAUGCUAAUGAAUAAGAUCUUCUGAUAAGGUGUCAUGAAAUAUUGGAGACAACUUUACUUAUCCUCUGAUCACAGAGCUUCAAAAUCCAGAA